CACUCGUCCGUCUUCUGAGCAGUAGUCCUUUGCUUCUGGUCCGUCGUCUACCACCUCGCCCCAUCCCCAGCUCCCAAGCCGCAGCUCCCCCGGCCAUGGCGGCGGCGGCGCAGAGGCUCCUGGCGGCGAGCACUAAGAUCGUAGGGGUCGGGCGCAACUACGUCGCCCACGCCAAGGAGCUCGGCAACCCCGUCCCCAAGGAGCCGGUGCUGUUCCUCAAGCCGACCUCGUCGUUCCUCCACGCGGGCGUGGCCACCGCCGCCAUCGAGGUGCCCGAGCCGCUCGAGUCGCUGCACCACGAGGUCGAGCUCGCCGUCGUCAUCUCCCGCCGCGCGCGGGAUGUCCCCGAGGCCUCCGCCAUGGAUUUCGUCGGAGGUUAUGCGCUUGCUUUGGACAUGACAGCAAGGGACCUUCAGUCUGUAGCUAAGUCUGCAGGUCUUCCUUGGACUUUGGCUAAAGCACAAGAUACCUUUACUCCAAUUAGUGCAGUGGUUCCAAAAUCAGCUGUUCCUAAUCCCGAUGAUCUAGAACUCUGGCUAAAGGUGGACGAUGAACUUAGGCAGAAAGGGCCUACAAGUGAUAUGAUAUUCAAGGUUCCUUUUCUAAUCAGUUAUAUCAGUUCGAUCAUGACAUUGAUGGAGGGUGAUGUGAUAUUAACUGGUACUCCUGAGGGUGUAGGCCCUGUCCGAAUAGGGCAGAAGAUCAAAGCUGGUAUAACUGGCCUCAUCGAGGCCGAGUUUGAUGUUCAGAGGCGCAGUCGUACAUUUUCUCCCUGAUGUAGCAAGCAAGAAAACCAUUGUCUGAAUGCAGCGUUGGAUUUGAUCUGAUCGUCGACUUGUGCUGUCUGCGAGAGGGCAGUCCUCAUGAGUCAUGACUGCCUUGUAACUGCAAUUCCGCGCACCAUUCUGGAGUCUCCUAUUGUGUGAAUUGUUCUUGUAAACUGGAAGUAUUGAUGGUCGGAUGCCCGAGCACACUAUACUUCUGUAGCUUAGUGUCUUGUGUUUCUGUCAGAUAAAGCUGUGAUCUCCCUCUUUCUGCAACAUGUUGCUGAAAGCACAUUCAGUUUAUGUUGAAUAAAUCGCCGUUUUUCCCCCA